AUGAAUCGUACAAACAUUUCAAAGAAGAACGCAACCAAGGCACCAGCUACCACCACCAGCGCAGCACCAGUGGUCGCCGACAAGAAGGAUAACAUCAACAGAAAGCUCAAGAUCGAGAAACUCAUCCUCAACAUCUGUGUUGGUGAGAGUGGUGAUAGACUGGUACGUGCUGCCAAGGUGCUCGAGCAAUUGACUGGCCAGACACCCGUCUACUCCAAGGCUCGCUACACCGUCCGUUCGUUCUCCAUCCGUCGUAACGAGCAGAUCGCCUGUCACGUCACCGUCCGCGGUGAGAAGGCUGCCGAGAUCCUCGAGAAGGGUCUGAAGGUCAAGGAGUUUGAGCUGCGCAACAAGAACUUCUCCAACAACGGCUCGUUCGGCUUUGGUAUCCAGGAGCACAUUGAUCUGGGCAUCAAGUACGACCCAGCCAUCGGUAUCUAUGGUAUGGACUUCUUUGUCGUGCUUGGUCGUCCAGGUUUCCGUGUGGCUCGGAGAAAGAGAACCUGCGCUCGCGUUGGUUUCCAGCACAGAAUCACCAAGAUUGACACUGUCAACUGGUACAAGCAGACAUACGAGGGUAUUGUCAUUGGCAAGUAA